UACUUAAGUAGGUAUUUAUGACCUAUUUAAAUAAGAUAGUCAGUAUAGCUACUUACUUAUAAUGAUGCUAUUACUUUCAUUCGGCGAACCUGAUGAUACGAAGCGUCUUGUAUAAAUAAGCGCCAACAUCUCUUAUUACUUUCCGAGCGAGACAGGUCAACGGUUAGUUUAUUGUAUUGAUUGAGCGGUGACGUCGCGACAACGAACGACGAUAAGCCACAGGGGAGCGCAGUGCGAGGGAAGUGCUUGUUGGAAAGCGUCGUCGUAUACAUUCACUCCUAUUAGUGUGUAGUUUACUCACAUGAUUUAUUCACGAUUAUAAGUGUCGCUGCGACCAUGAGUCGCGUAGUUGUGUUUCUAGCAUUGCUGCAGUUAGCGUUGGGUAUUGAUCCCGAUCUGGACCUGUCUUACCUGGACCCGGUGCGGCUGCAGACCGUGUCGCCGGACUACGAGCAGGCGGAGGCCGCGCAAAAGAUCAUCUCGGGCUACACGAACCGCGUCACCGUGCAGGUCGACUUCCAGCUGUUCACGGACCACAAGGAUACGUUUACAUUGCGAAGUGAUGGCGAGUCGUUGCUGAUCCGCGCCAGCUCGGGCGUGGCCGCCGUGUGGGGGUUCAACUACUACCUGAAAGAGUACUGUAAGAGUCAGAUCACGUGGCGCGAGCAGAAUGUGCAGAUCCCGCAGCUGCUGCCCGUGGCCAACGAGACGGUGGUCGCCAACGACCGGUUCCGGUAUUUCCAGAACGUGUGCACGGCGUCGUACAGCUUCGCGUGGUGGGGGGUGCGGGAGUGGCAGCGCCACGUGGGCUGGCUGGCGCUGCAGGGGGUGAACCUGGCGCUGGGCCCGGUGGCGCAGGAGGCGGCGUGGGCGCGCGUGUACCGCGGCCUCGGCCUCACGCAGGCGGAGAUCGAUGACUAUUUUACUGGCCCAGCGUUUCUAGCGUGGCUGCGCAUGGGCAACGUGCGGCGCUGGGGCGGGCCGCUGCCGGCGGGCUGGCACGCGGCGCAGCGGCGCGUGCAGGAGGCCGCGCUGCCACUCAUGCGCCGCCUCGGCAUGGUGGCGGUGCUGCCGGCCUUCAGCGGGCACGUGCCGCGCGCGCUCGCCCGCGUGCUCCCCAACGUCACGCUGCACUCAUUGGACACGUGGAACAAGUUCGGCGAGGACUACUGCUGCGGCGCCUUCCUGGAGCCCUCGGAGCCGCUGUUCCGCGAGCUGGGCCGCCGCUUCCUGCGCGAGGCGAGCGCGGGCGGACUCACGCACGUGUACUCCGCCGACCCCUUCAACGAGGUCCAGGUGCAGGGCUGGUCCACGGCGCUGGCGGCGUCCGCGGCGCGCGCGAUCCACGCCACGCUGGCGGAGGUGGACCCGCGCGCCGUGUGGCUGCUGCAGGGCUGGGCCUUCGUGCACGACCCGCUGCUGUGGCCGCUGCAGCGCGUGGAGGCCUUCCUCACCGCCGCCCCGCGCGGCCGCGUGCUCGUGCUAGACCUGCAGGCGGAGCAGUGGCCGCAGUACCACCUGUACCGCUGGUACUACGGGCAGCCCUUCGUCUGGUGCAUGCUGCACAACUUCGGCGGCACGCUGGGCAUGUUCGGCGGCACCCGCGGCAUCACGCGCGAGGUGCACGCGGCGCGCGCGGCGCCCGGCAGCACCAUGGUGGGCACGGGGAUGGCGCCGGAAGGCAUCUACCAGAACUACGUUAUCUACGAUCUGAUGACGGAGGCGGCGUGGCGGCGCGAGCCUCUCGACCUCAACCAGUGGGUGAGACGGUACGCGGAGCGGCGCUACGGCUGCAACUCGACGGGCGCGGCGUGGGACGCCCUGCUGGCCUCCGUGUACAGCUUCGACGGACUCAACAAGGUGCGCGGCAAGUACGUGAUCACGCGGGCCCCGAGCUCCCGCCUGCGCCCGUGGGCGUGGUACCGCAGCCGGGACCUGCUGGCCGCCUGGAGACACCUGGUGUUCGCGGGCGCCGACUGCGCCACCGACGGCUUCCUGCACGACCUGGCCGACGUGACGCGGCAGGCGCUGCAGUACCGCGCCGCGCAGCUGUACCUGCGCCUGCAGCCCGCGCGCGCCGCCUCCACCGCCGUCUUCAACGCCACCGUCAACCAGUUCCUCGACAUCUUGGACGAUCUAGAGACCAUAUGUCUAACCAAUGAGAACUUCAGCGCGCGCCCGUGGCUGGAAGGCGCUAAAGCGCUGGCAACUAACGCAGAAGAGCGUUAUUUGUACGACUUCAACGCGCGCAACCAGAUAACUCUGUGGGGGCCGAACGGGGAGAUCUCCGACUACGCGAGCAAGCAGUGGGCGGAGUUGUUCCGGCACUACUACACCCCGCGCUGGCGCAUGUUCCUGCGCGCCGCCGUGGACGCACACGCGAGGAAUGAAUUCUUCGACGAGAAAGCCACUCAGGACUUAGUGCGCUUCACCGUCAGCCGGGACUUCUUCAUCGCGGAUAUACAGUAUUACACAGGCGGUGACGUCAGAGACACAAGCCUGAAGUUAUUCAAGAAGUGGUGGCAAGCGCCGGGGCUGGCCGACCUGCCGAUGAACAUCAUCAGGCCGGAGUCAGCCACGGAGGCGCCUGAGGAGGACGCGUCGGAUGAACCGACCGUCGUGAUGCUGCGCUCUACCACCGCUUUGUGAGUGGUGGGCUAGUGAUUUUGGUGGUCUUAUGUUUCGAUAGAUAUAUCUUAUGUACGGUCAGCUAUGCAGCUCAGUAUGCACCUAGUCAAACUGACGAACCGUCAAUGUUUCUAUGAAUUGAUAGGCGAUUUCAGAUUGACAAGGUACAAAAGUGUAUAAUAGCUACUUAUGCAGCUGACUGUACGUGCACAGACCGUAGCUAAGUGAAAGGUUGUUAAGUUAUCCUUGUAUUUCCCUACACUACAAUGAUGUUGAUCCAUCCUUGGCCUAUGUAACAAAGCACUGUUUCUAUAGAUCUUCUUCCUUGUUCUAGAUUCCAUAGUCUGUAAAGUUGCAAAAGGAAAAAAAGACAAAAUGUGUAUUUAAACAUUUAUUGAAUAAUAAUAAAAUCUAAGUAAUUUACUCAAUACAGAAAUGUGUUUCUCACUGCUUCGUACAAGCAUCUAUAGCAUAUGUUACUCGCGCAAUCGAUUCAAAGUCUUGACGCAAAGGGGUUAGGGUCCAAUUUACUUAAAUUUAAAUAAACGUCAAGUCAAA